AUCUUUGAACUCGCACAAUAUCCUGAAGUACUGAAAAAAGUUAUUGAAGAAGUCAAUACAGUUUUAGCUGAGAAUGAUGGCAAGAUUACAUACGACAAUCUAAAAAAAAUGGAGUAUUUGGAGUUAUGUAUGAAUGAAACUCUACGUAAAUAUCCUGGCUUACCAUUAUUAAAUCGUAUUUGCACACAAGAUUACCAAAUUCCUGGCACUGAUAAAGUAAUCGAAAAGGGUACACCUAUUGUUAUAUCCCUAUAUGGUAUACAUCGAGAUCCGGAACAUUUUCCAGAUCCAGAAACUUUUGAUCCAGAACGUUUUCUACCAGAAAAUCGGAACUAUAAUCCUAAUGCCUAUAUGCCUUUCGGUGAAGGUCCACGUCAUUGUAUAGCACAACGUAUGGGUAAAAUUAAUUCAAAAUUGAGUGUAGUUAAAAUUUUACAAAAUUUCAAUGUCGAAAUAAUGCCAAGACAAGAUAUCGAAAUCGAUAAUCAUUCGAUUGCGAUUAUACCAAAAGGUGGAAUUAAUGUGCGUCUAUCGAAAAAGCAAAAAACAAAUUAAAGGCUAUAUAUCAAUUUUUUAAUAUUAAUAUAUUAAA